AUGAAAGUUCUAUUUACUUUGACUUUGUUGGUGGGUUUAUUUGGUGCUUUGUCGUCUUUAAGGAUCGUUGUUGAGGAAUGGGAGGCUUGGAAAUGUACCCAUGCUCAGAACUAUUCAAGUCCGACCGAGGAAAAAUUCCGCAUGAAGGUUUUCAUGGAGAACAAGGCCAAAGUGACCCAACACAAUCAUCGAGCCCAUCUAGGACAACACAGCUACUUUCUGAAAAUAAAUAAGUAUGGAGAUCUCCUCCAUGAUGAGUUUAUCAAGCUGAUGAAUGGCUACCGAAUGGACUUACGUAAAAAAUCCUCAGUGGGAGCCACUUUUAUCUCGCCCGCCAAUGUUGACCUGCCCACCGAAGUCGAUUGGAGAACCAUGGGUACUGUUACACCCGUCAAGGAUCAAGGCCAAUGUGGGUCUUGUUGGGCAUUCUCGGCUACUGGAUCGCUGGAGGGUCAGCAUUUCCGCCAGAAGGGCAACCUGGUGGGACUUUCAGAGCAAAACUUGAUCGAUUGUUCGGAGUUGGAGGGAAAUCACGGCUGUGAUGGCGGUCUUAUGGAUCUUGCCUUCAAAUACAUCAAGAAAAAUGACGGCAUCGAUACUGAGAUGGCCUAUCCAUAUGAAGGCGUGACCAAUACUUGUCGUUAUUAUGCCAGAGGCAAGGGCGCCACGGACAUUGGGUACGUUGAUAUUCCUCAAGGCGAUGAACGAAAACUCAUGGAGGCUGUGGCUACUGUUGGUCCAGUCUCCGUGGCCAUCAAUGCAGCUAUGGAAUCCUUCCAGUUCUAUUCUCAUGGUGUGUAUGACGAGCCCUCUUGCAAUCCAUAUGCCCUUGAUCAUGGUGUUUUGGCUAUUGGUUAUGGAUCUGAGGGAGAAUCUCAUUUUUGGUUGGUCAAGAACUCGUGGGGGACCACUUGGGGUGAUGCUGGGUUCAUAAAGAUGUCCCGGAAUAAGGAUAAUCAAUGUGGAAUUGCUACAGAUGCCUCAUUUCCUCUUGUCUGAAAUGAGGAAAUAACUCAAGC